AUGCCGCCGUACCUUGUCGAGGAUCAAUAUGUUGAUCCGACCCCGCCAACCGACGCAUGGGGUUCUUUCCUCGCCGCCCGAUUCUCCAAACGCCAGGAACUGUUCGAGAAGGGCUUCUCGGAGCAUGAGCAGAAGAUUGUGCGCAAGGAGCUCCGGCGCAUCCGGCAUCUACGCGACUACUUUGAAGAACACCGCCUCGCGGCCACCGACUCAUCUUGCCUCCUAGCCUCGUUGGACCGCGCCCAUGCAGACUGGCGCCACCGUGCCGGCAGCGGGUGUAAAGAGGAGCUCCACCGCCUCGAGGUCGGCAUCGCGAGGGCGAGUGGCUACCGCCGACAGAACCUCAACCGCCAACGUCUGAUUGUCAAGCAGACACAGCAAUGGGGCACGCCAGAGGACAUUGCGUUAAAGACCGAGCAGGCCCCGGAAACGUACAUUCCGGAGCUUUACGGCCCUGACGAUGGCUUAGAUGACAACCCGGCCGAAUCCAACUACGGGUGCAACGGCUGGGUGAUGAAUUUCAAGAAGGGCCAGGGUGGCGUGACGCUGGACCACCCGCUGUGUCAUGGCAAAUUCCCCCAUCAGAAGAUUGCCAUGCAGAAGCUGCUGUAUGACGAGGAACGAACGCCGUUAAAGCGGUCUUCCGACCGGACACAGCUGCGGUAUUUCCAUCUUCAAGCCAACAACAUGAAAUGGGUCGAGGACGCGAUCGCUAGGUACUAUGGAGAAGAGUGCUGUGAGCUGGUCGAGCCAAACCGGGGACUGUCCCAGCGCGGCCGGUACCAACCCGUCACCAAGAAGAAGCAGACCAACACCGAGAAGCUGUUGAAGCGUGAACUAUGGCACGGGCAAGAAAGGGGAGGGGGCAGUUCGCACUUACCGCCUCACUCCCGUCAAAUACGACCGCGCUGCGCCUUUGUACCCUCGGCUCCGUGGAAACAGGGCGAGAACGGCGUGGCUUCAGCGAGCGUGUCCGUGAACGAGUCGAUCGAGGCGCCAGCUCGGAAGACGUACUUUCGGUCACCGGAGGCCAAUGACAUCGUUUUUUUUAUGCCCUACCUCCACUGGGAAAUCGAGAAGCGGCUCGUCCGCAUGACCAAUGUCGUCCGGAAAACGCGCUACCUCAACGAAAAACAGUUCGACCUCGAGCGCGUCAACAAGCGCAAAGGGACCUGGAACAGCGUUAUCGAGCGAGCUAGGGCUAUGGCCAGCCGCAUGGACAGCACAGCCUCCGAAAUCGAAGGUUGGCACGACGACUCGCCCCCCUGGCGGCCGCAGUCGGCCUUGGGCAGCUAUCUGUGGCUCGCCGCGAAGCUGUACCAGCUGAUCGACGAGGCGGCGGACUGGCGGCUGAUUAAUAACCACCUCGGUACGCCGUCACCGAUGCAUCCGAGACGGACGCUGGAGCAGUAUUACAACUGGACCUCGGAGGACACGGCGCAUAGGGAUCGACAGCAGGUUGUGUACCGGAGCACGAGGACGAGGAAUGACCCUGAGGCGAUUGCGAGGGUGGUCAUGGUGGAUCAGUUGUGGUUGUGGGUGCUGGACGAAAACACGAUCCUGACGGCGUUCCCCCGACGUUGGGGCCGUAACAACCCCGACCCAUCAGCCGUGCACCGGGCAAUCCGAGACCACCUCGGUGCCAUGGACAGCAAACAGAUCACGUCCAUCUACGACCUUGCACUAAUCAUCAUCGACGAGUGUUCCAAAGUCUUCUUCGAUCGCACAAAGCCGGACCUCCGGCCUGAAGUGAUGGACAUGUUUGGGUCCGCCAUCUCCAACAUCUCAGAAAAGAAGACGGAGGCCUACGAGCGGUUCGGGCGCGACGUCAAGCGUAUGAACACGCAGGACCCGCUGCAGACAGCCGAAGAACUGCUCCGCAAGACUCUCAACAUCAAGUUUGAGUGGUCGGCCCUGAUGGAGGCGCAGAACGUGAUCGACCAGCUGCAGAUCAUGCAGGAAAUCUACUCGCAGCAGAUCUCGGUCAUGAGUGACUUUGAGAAGGCGCUGCGGGGUCUGAGCUGCGAGCCUAACGAGGGGCUGAAGAGGGCGUCGGAAAGGGCGGCUGGUUUGUUGUUAGAUAUGAAGUUGCGCCAGGAGGAACUGGCGAAUUUGGAGAAGCGGCAGGCGAAUACGCGGAGUCAGCUCCGUGAACUCCUGGAUAUGAAACAACAACAGGCCGGCAUCAUCGAAGCCAAGGCGGCCAUCCGGCGAGCCGAUGAGUCGGUCAUCCAGGGCCGCUCGAUUGUGGUGUUUACCGUCGUCACCAUUUUCUUCCUCCCACUCUCCUUCUUCGCCACCAUCUUCGGCAUGAACUCGCGCGAACUCGACAGUGGCACGAUGAGCAUGGGCAGACAGCUCAUGCUGAUGUUCGUCCUCUCCAGCGUAGUCGUCACCAUCUCCCUCGGCCUCGCCUUCAGCUCCUCCACCCGCGCAAUGGUCUUCGGCAGCCUGCGGUCCGCCCUGCGCUUCGUGGCCCGUCCUGUCAAGGGCAAGCCGGGGGUUAGCAGCGAACUGGCCGCGGCCUCGCCGCGCGCUAUCCGCGAUUUCAUGAUUGCUAAGCAGAAGGAGUGGGAAGGGUCGUCGGAGUAUGUUAAUGGGGAUAGUAUUGCGAGCGGUGCGUUGCCGCUGCAUCGGGGGACGGAGGUUAGGGGUGGGUUGAAGAGAGGGAUUACGAGGUUGUGGAGACGGGAGACGAGGUGA